UCUAACGCUAGCCGGAAGUGUUGCUUUAUAGCUGCUAGCUUGAUGGGUAUGUUUUCUGUUCCCUGGGGCCACAGUGUUUUCAACGGGACUGAACUUACUACUUACUGGACUCGCCAUGGCCGCUUGACCCAGGCUGAAAUACCCUUCUUCCGUUAUAAUUUGUCCGAAACAUUUGCACAAACUUUUCCGAGACAAACUUUCGCCUUUUGUAUAGUUUUUAUGUCAAGAAAUAAGGAUGCAACCCCCACCGAGAAAGGUCCGGGUCACCCAGGAGCUGAAACACACCCAUGCAGAGCAGAUGAGCAGAUUACAUAUCAAACACCAGACAGAGUGUGACCUCCUGGAAGACCUGAGGACUUUUAGCCAAAAGAGGGCAGCUGUAGAGAGGGACUACGCCCAGGCCCUCCAAAAGUUGGCGAAUCAGUAUCUAAAAAGAGAAUGGCCAGACAGUCUGACAGAAGAACAAGCAGACCACAGGAACAUGUAUUGUGUAUGGAGAGCCUAUUUGGAGGGCACGGUCCAAGUCACCCAGUCCAGAAUAAGUGCCUGUGACAAUUACAAAGUCCAGGUUGCAGAUCCAGCCAAGAUGAGCCGACUGCAAAAAGAACAGCAGCUGAGGAAGUGCAUUGAACAGCUGACGGUGGUUCAAGCUGAGCUGCAGGAGUCUGUGAAGGAGCUCACCAAGAGCAGGAAGAAGUACCAGGAGGCGGAGACGAUGGCACAGGCUGUCCGAGAGAAGGCAGAGCUGGACGCCAAGUCUAAGCUAAGCCUCUUCCAGUCCAGAUCCAGUCUUCAGAGGGCAAGUGUAAAGCUGAAAGCCAAGAGAAGCGAGUGUAACUCCAAAGCCACGCAUGCCAGAAACGACUACCUUCUCACGCUAGCAGCCGCUAACGCUCACCAGCAGCGCUACUACGACACAGACCUCAUGGACUGCAUUAAGGUCUUAGAUGGCAGAAUCUAUGAGCAGGUGAAAGAUUACCUGGUGUCACUGUGUCAGACUGAGCUGGAAAGUUACCAGGCUGUCCACAACACCUUCAAUCAGCUCUUAAACAGCUCAAAUGGGGUUCUGCAGGAGUUUCACCAGCAGCUGUUUGUACAGAAGAACCUCAUGUUUCAGCAAGCUCCAGACUUAUUGUACCAGCCCAUCGACUCAGAUACGGAAGUGCAGCUGCAGAAGGAGAGUGGAACGUCGGAGGAGCACAGUCUGGAUAAAGAGGCGAGAAAGUGGGCAAGCCGUGUGGCCCGAGAAUACAAGAGCAUCAUCCAUACCCAGCGGGCUCUGGAGGAAUACGGGACGCAUGAAUCAACAGAACAAAAUACCAGUGAGCUGGAGACCAAGAUGGAGGUGGCAAGGCAGAGUCUUCGGAGGGCAGAGACUGUGAAGGUGAAAGCAGAGGCUCGUCUGGACUUGCUGAGGCAGGCGGGCGUUGCUGUUGAAACGUGGCUGAAGAGCGCCAUGAACCAGGUGAUGGAAGAGCUGGAGAACGAACGCUGGAACAACCUCAAUACCCAUGAUCCUUCGCUCUCUGGAACAGCAGAUUUGGAGAGAGAGGAUGAGGAGGAGAUGGAGGAUAGUGGUGAAGUGUUAGACGACAGCAGCUCCAGCCCUUCAAGCACCUUGAAAAACUAUCCCCUCACCUGCAAAGUCCUCUACUCCUACAAGGCAUCUCAGCCAGAUGAACUGACCAUUGAGGAGCAGGAAAUUUUGGAGGUCAUUGAUGAUGGAGACAUGGAGGACUGGGUCAAGGCCAGAAACCGGAGUGGACAGGUCGGCUACGUCCCAGAGAAAUACCUGCAGCUUCCUUCCUCCAACAGCCUGCUUAGUAUGCUGCAGGCUCUGGCAGCGCUGGACGCCAGAUCCCAUUCCUCUAGUAACUCCACCGAACCUGAAUCCGAACUACCAACCGGCUCUGUAAACGGGGACUCAAGUGUGUCAUUUGCGAAGGCCCUGUACGACUACGCGGGACAAACGGAUGACGAGCUCUCAUUUCCAGAAGGCGCAAUUAUUCGAAUCUUGAGUAGAGAGACCCACGAGGAUGACGGUUUCUGGGAGGGAGAGUUUAAUGGCAUUGUUGGCGUCUUCCCUGCAGUUCUGGUGGAGGAUCUCGCCGGCGCCAGCGAGAAUGGAGAUGGACAAAGAGAUGGCAGCGCACAGGCAUCCCCCUCCCCUUUGGCCCAGUGCGACCGAUCUCCUCGUAGUCCCUUCCAGCCGGGCCCUCUCCACAGCAGCCCCCUUCAGACGCCCACCCUGUCAUCUCCUAUGUCAAGUCCCUGCAGCGCCACAGCCUCUCCCAUUGGCCGACCACCCUCCUAUCACAACGGACAUCACAGGCCGCCACCAGCGCCUCACAAAAGCCCCUUUCAAAGUCCAGUUCAAAGCUCCCCUCAACCUCCCAAAUACCCAGAGAGCAGCUCCGGCACUAUUCGACCUGUCCGUGCAGCUCCUCCGCCCCCUAAGCAGCAUCCUCGUGGGCAGGUGAAGCGGAGGGAGGAGGUGGAGAUCACGCUGGUGUGAAGGCAGUCGGCACCCUGGCGGUGACGACGAUGAUGUCGGUAACAACAAUGGCUCUCCCUAAACCAGCUGGAACUUCACGGCUGUUGCCUCUUAACGCACUCCCAAAGGAAACCCAAGGAACAUAAACGCCCCCUGAAGGUGCCUGGAGGCUUGGAGAGACUUUUAACUUUCAUCACCUCAGAAGGGUCAGUGUGCUGUGGAGGAAUAUUGUGCCUUUCUCUUAACUAUACUCCUUUAUUGACACUCCCUUAAUCUCAGAUAUGGUCCUUUUUAUUCAGAUUAUACAUCCCGUCAUCCAUAUUAUCCACCUCUUCUACCUGGACAUAAAUCAUUUAACAGUCCUGACCUAUCUUUGGAUCUUCAAAUAUCAGUCCUGGUAUUGGUGCUAGAUCCUGUUUCUGUUAUUUGCUCAUAGAAAUUGAUCAUGUGAUAACUGGCAGAUAAUCAAGGUUUAUGUGCACGGCCUAAAAAUGUAGUAAAACCUAUUGAUGCAAGAAAUUGAAAGGAAAGAUGAUGUCACAUUUACCAAUAAUGAUUUGAUUUAUUCAUGGGUCCACAAAAACACUGCAGUCCCUAGAGACGACAUUUUAAAGUGAAAACACCCGGAGCAUUGUCCUUGCUUGUCUUAUAAGCAUGUUCAUUACAGUAGUUCGUCAGCUAGCUCUGCAAAUUUAUAUCAAAGAGUGAUCAAUAUCUGAAUCAUAAGUCGUAAUAAUGAAAAAAUGAAUGCUAACAAGCAAUGUACUGCUUUGGACAGGGACAACGGCAAAACAUAUUUUAGACACCUGUCAAAAAAAGGUUUGUCAAAACUGUGCAAGAUACAGUCACACAUAAAGAUCAAAUGAAGGCCAAGUUCUCAGAUGAGUGUGGUCCGAACAAGGGCACCAGAAGUAGGGGAGUAGUCUUUACACUGCUGGCCUGAUAUUGGCGUUGCAGCUGGUGUGAUUCUAACACAAGAUGCUCUCUGAUUGGAUUAUUUUUACCUUUUCACCUUGUUGUCAGAAAGCUCUUUUUAAGUUUACAAGAUAUAAACUUUAGAUGUUCUAUGUUCUCUUUAAAACCACCAAACAGUAAUUUUACCUGGCAGAACACAGGAGAUGCUGGUCUUUUACUGCCUUGAUUGGUUUGUUUGUUUGUGUCAUUGUGUGAAUUUGGUGUUUAAAAAAGGUUUGCAGGUUAGUUUGUGUUACCUUGUGACUUUGGUGAAUCUCAACAGAGAAAACAAUGAACCAGCAACUGCCGUGUUCUGCAAUGUAAAAGGACUGGUAGAGACAUCAUAGAUACAGCUUCAGUUCCCCAACAGAAAGGGCUCUCCGACGGCAAGAUAAAGCCUGAGAAUAUUCUAAAUUUAACUUACACAUAAACGGAUGUUAAUUUUUCUUUAGGCUGCUGCCCCAUUCUACAGCAGAACAUUGCUUAGCUUCCUGCAGGUACUCCUGCCUGCUUCCCCAUAAAGGGGGUUAGCCGACCGCCAUCAACUGUAUACUGAAUAUGGAUAAGUAACUCUUACAACCCCAUCUUAACAAUUCCGAACUGUCCCUUUUUAAUAUGUUAAUAAUAAGGAUAUAAAACAUAUUUCCUAGCCCAGUUAUGUCUCACUAUGUCACUUACUGUGAAGCUCUUUCUCACUUAUUUUUCACAAUUGGAUUACUUCUAUGCAACAAGUUACACUUCGUCAGGAUGUUGAAAACAUGAAGCUUCAACGCAAAACCAAAAGUCUGGUUGUCUCCACACUCGAUCAAAAAAAAAAGAAAAAGAAAAAAAAAAAACACCAGCAAGGAUGAGGCUGGUCCUCUCCUCGAACACACGUAACUGCACAGGGUUACACAAAUAAGGGAAAUGUGGCAAUUUUAGUUGAGUGAUUGUUAAUGUCAGUAGGGAGAAUCUCCUAGAAAGGUUCUGAUCAAAAUAAUAAAUAUUUUCCUUUUAUUCAUUACUUUGUAAACCCUGCUUUUUAUGUUAGUUUUCUUUGCACCGAAUGCUAAGAAAUUCCUAAAGGGAGUUGUAGAGCGUACAUACAUAGUCUAACUUUUUCUUUUCUCUUGUGUUGUAAAAUAAAGAUCUAGAAAUGUUAUUAUGACACUAAUGUUAGCCAGUAAAGGUUGCUGGUUUUUUGUUGAGGAGACGGUUGCAGUUGGUGACAGUUUACACUGAGGUAAUGUGCAGUUUAAACAUGCCUUUAUUUUUAAGGAGGAAACCAUCCUGAGCUGCUAGCUGUCCAGUUUAUUAAAAGAAAAUCUAUACUGUCAUAGUGAAGCACUUUUUGAUGUCUUCUUAUUCCUUUUCAGUAUUGUGGACAUUGUUUGUUCAAUAUUUCUUGUUUGACGUUUUGUUUACCAGCUAUAUUGGUAUGAAUACUUUUCUUUUUAUCGGCUCUUGCGUUAUUUAGCCUUAAAUAGCCAUUGUAGUGUCUUUGAUUGAGAUUGAUAUGACCUUUUGAUCGUAUUGUUUUUGAAAUAGUUUACAGAGAGCUUGGAGAUGGAUAUCUGUACAAAUAAAUAGCAUAUGAAGUUUCUUUUGUGUCUUAAUUAUGCAAUCAAACGGAACAGGUUAGAGAGCAAAACUUCAAAUCAUAAAGUGUUUUGUUGCAAGUUAACUAAAUUUGUAAUUUAAAAUGUAUUAUUGCAGAACAAAAUUUUUAUUUUUGAUUGCAAAUCCAAAACAACUUGUGGAAUUGUGAAAACUUAUGGUAUAAAACAUUUUUUGGGGCUAUAGUUUUGCUCUGAAGCCUGUUCUGUUCAACGACAUAAAGACACAAAAUAAUUCCUUAAACAGCUUUUUUUCCCUUUU